AUGAAAGCUCCAAGAUUGGGAAGUGAAGAGGUUUCAUAUUCGGAUAGGAUUAGUUACUUACCUGAUGAUUUGCUUUUACGAAUACUCUCAUUCAUUCAUACAAGCGAUGCUAUCUCCACAAGCUUAUUAUCUAAACGAUGGAAGUUUGUGUGGAAGAUGAUGCCAACACUUGAUCUUGAUGAAGAUUCUUGUCGCAAUAUUGGCACCCUUCGAUUUGACGAAGGUUGUUGCAUGUUCUUGAAAUCACAUGAAGCUCCGGUUCUUACAAGUUUGAAUCUCAAACUUAUGACACCUUCUCAUGAUAUAGAUCGUCUUUUAUCAAAUAUUAAACCCAUUCUUCAUGAGAUCACAAUCACUUCUUAUAGGUACAGUACUAUCAGAUUCCCAAGGAAUCUUAACGUCUGCCAAACACUUGUCGUGAUGAAACUCCAAGACAAGGUUCUUGUGGAUGUUUCUUUCCCGGUUUGUUUCCGGUCCUUGAAAAGUUUGCACCUCACACGCGUGAAAUACUCUUGCCGAGAAUCUUUCACCACACUUUUAUCAGCUUGUCCUGUUCUUGAAGAUUUAGAUCUCUUCAUUGGCAGAGUUCACUAUGACUGUCUUAACUCGUUUACUAUAUGGGUGCCGUCCUUACAGAGAUUAUCUAUAUGUGACGAGUCAUACCGCUUUCGUAGCACGACGUUUGAAAUAAGUGUUCCUUCUUUGAAAUACUUAAAAAUCGCGUGUCAGGACAGUUGCUUUAAGUUUGUUGAGGACAUGCCUAACUUAGUUGAGGCACAUGUUGAAGCUAAUCAACAUGAAACUAAGAACCUCUUGAGAUUUCUCACCUCAGUUGAACGUCUUAAGGAUCCAGAUCUUACCGAUAGAAUCUUCCACCAGCUUCUUUAUCUUGAGCUGCAUUUGCACAAAAGACUCAAUGGGGAUCGAAUUCUGAGUUUGCUCAAACAUUCUCCUAAUCUACAAACUCUCAAGCUCAACGAGAAACCUUUACGUUCUAUCAAGGAUCAACCGAAUAUAUCUGUUCGUAAACCGAAUUCUGUUCCUGAGUGCUUAACCUUCCAUCUUGAAACUCUUGAGUGGCAAGGCUAUGCAGGAAGACCGGAAGAUAAAGAAAUCGCUGUUUACAUUUUGGGAAACGCUCUUCGUCUCAACACGGCUACGAUCUCUCGAUAUUUCAGCUCCAGCCGCUUCCGUCACCACCAGAAGAAGGAUCUAAAAAUUGUGGAGGAGUUAAAAUCUAUAACUAAGGCCUCAACUUCAUGUCAGCUUGUACUUCAACAGUUCAUUGAAAUUAAAUAUUCAAUGUAG